UGACCCCUGACCCUCCAGGCAAGUCCGAAUGACGUCAUGGCACCAAGAUGGCGGCGGCCCUAAGGAGGAGGAAGUCAGUCGCUCGCUAGUCGGGCGGAAUUGUUUCGUGCAAACGCGACGAACCGGGCCAAUUGAGCGGGGAUUUCUGUAACAGCGCGAGUAAGUUGUUCCAGGGCCGAGACCGGGCGAUCGGCGCUAUGGCUGCGGCGGUGGUUCCCGUAGCGAGCUCCUCGCGCACGCAGCCCGACGUGUUGUUGAGCGGCGCCGCGCUGAGCGGCCGCUUCCAUCGGCUCUUCGCCAGCCCCGCUAUACAGGAGUCUGUACCCGCAAGAGCCAGCCCAACCAAGAAGAAAACAAGGAGGAAAGCAAAGCCCAAGACUAAGGAGAAGACAAAGGGAGGAACCACCAGUAGUAAUGGCAAUGAAUCCAUUCCUUUUCAAGUCCCCACCAUAGAGAUCCCAGGGAAUGCGUCAGCGUUCAAUGUGUACGCACACAUUCGCCAGGCGGUGUUAGACCGUCAGACACGAGAAACUGCCAGGAUUUUAGCCACCUUGACAAGCGAGAAGCGAGCGGCGGAGUCGGAUUCGGAGGAUGAAACGGAGGAUCAAGUGAAGGAAGUGAUUCCCAAACUUCCCAGGAUUGUUGGCAUUGGGCUGUGCGGGGUGUUCGAGCUGAUCCGAGAGACGCGCCUGUCCCACCCGCCACUAUGCGCACGAGCCCUGCAGGCACUGCUGGACAUGCUGCAAGGACAGCAACCAGAGGGCCUUCGGAACGAACCAGCAGAUGUCAUAGAUUCCCUGUUCCAGUUGCUGAUAGAUCUGGUGAACAACUCUGGUCCGGAGACCAGCCCCACCACCGACUGCACGUCGCUCGCUGCCCUGGCCUGCUCCUGUCUGCUCAGCCUGGUGGUUGCUAGGGGUGACACGGGGAAACUACUCAACGCUGUCGCGGCACUGUUAAUCAGCCCGGGAAGCCAGUCAGCGCAGGCAGUAAAGGUUCCCUCUAUCCUGUCCUCCCUACAGAGGAGUGUGGUUGCAGUACUGCUGGGGAAGCCUCAGCAGCCCAGCUGGCUCUCCUGUGGUAUCACCAAGGAGUCACUGGUCGACACCUGGAAACUAGAGUCUCUAGAAAAAGUUGCCAGAGAGUUUGAUGAGAGCAGGUCUUCCUACAGUGCAAUACAGAGUGAUGGACACUAUCUGUACAUACACUGUCUGUCGGGGUUGUACAAAAUUGGGUCUGGGUACAGUGGGACAAUCAAGGGUCAUGUGUAUGCUGCCAACCCAGCAUUCCAUACAAAGGAGAAAGGCUGGCUAGGAUAUGCCAAGGGCCAGCUGUUCUUCAGGAGUAGAUGUCAUGCUGCUAAUUCGCUGGUGCUCGUUAACACAGAAACACUGGAGGAACAGCAGGUGUUUGAACUGGAAGAUACCAGAAGAGGCUGCAAAGUGUUUUUCACCGAUGGAGAGAACAUUGGGCAGAUUGUUGCAGAUAGAGAAGAUAGUUUCCUAGUGCGGUUCUAUAACCCGCUGGUAUCCCCCAUGCCGGUGACACAGGAGUUACCACUGAGGCUGGCGAGGAAGUGCCUGGAUCUGUGUGGCUGGGCAAACUUUGACCAAAACCAGGAGCUCCACACUACAUCUUUAGGUGUGGAUGAAGAGGUUGUCUCAGUGACAAGUGGAAAGGACAUUGCAAUAAUCAGAACCACAUCAGGGAAGCUGCUGUACACUGGCAAGUCUCAACAGCUGGGCAUCAAGCAAGGCGGACCACCCCUGGGGAAGUGGGCGGAGCUUCCCAUCACCAAGUCCCCCAGGGUGGUGCAGUGCUCCAUGGGACAUGAAGGGGUGCACGGCCUGCUGGUGUCCGAGGACGGCAGCGUGUUCUUCUGUGGAACAGCCAGGAGGGGGGAAGAUGGGGACCAAGUGAAGCGAGCUCGGCAGCCCAAGCCAUCCAAACCCAAGAAGAUGAUCAAGCUUGAGGGCAGGCAUGUGGUGUGGAGUGCCUGUAAUGUGGGCAGCAGUGCUGUGGUUACCAAGGAAGGGGAGCUGUACAUGUUCGGCAAGGAUACAGCAUAUGCAGACACCACCACAGGUCUGAUAUCAGAUUUGAAAGAAGAGGCCGUUACCCAGAUAUCUCUGGGUAAGGCCCAUGCCUGUGUGCUGACUGCAAAGGGGGAGGUUUUCACGUUUGGUGUGAACAACAAAGGACAGUGUGGCAGGGACUUCACACCCCAGCAGAAGGAAGGCGCCUCAGCGGGAGCGAUGGCGGUGGGUGCAGAAGACGAUCACGACGAGGACGUGACGGAGGAGGCUAGCGACCCCAGCCUGUGUCCGCCCGGCACCCACGUGUGGAAGAUGGAGAGGUGCAUGGUGUGUACGGUGUGCGGGGAGUGUACAGGGUACGGGGCCAGUUGUGUCAGCAGUGGCAUGCCGGGAAGGAACCCUGGAACGGCAUGUGGCUGUGGGUCCGGGGACUCAGGCUGUAGUGAGUGUGGCAUCUGUAAGUCCUGUGCAGGUGAGGACGAUCCCAACCGCCAGUCCAAGAUGAAGGAACUUGCCCAGCUAAAGAAGUUAUUACCUGGCUGUGUCGAUGUCAUGAUAGGUCGACUACAAAAGACUGCAGACCAAAAGAAAGACAAAGUAGUUAAGAAACUACUGAAAGCCACUAGCAAUGUAAAGGCAAAAGCUGCUGAUGGUUAUGCCAGUGAUGACAGGGACCAAGAGAGAGACCCAGGUAAGCUGGCCAUGACUGCACCAGGACAGGUGAAACUAGGGGCCAGGGAGAUACCUGCCACACAUGUGGUCUGUGGACUACAGCAUACAGUUGUUUUGCUGCAGAAUGGGGAGGUUUAUACCUUUGGUAAUAAUCAGAUGGGACAGCUAGGGUGCAAGGACAGCCACAACAGGGGUCUUCCUGUCAGAGUGGAGCUUCCCGAGCGAGCAGUCCAGGUGGCAGCUGGGAGUAACCAUACAGUCAUCCUCACAUCUCAGGGCAACGUCUACACUUUUGGGGCUUUUGCGAAGGGGCAACUGGGGAGGGAACAUGGGUCCUGGCACCCAGGGAACACAGAGCCUGGCAUGGUCACCGGGGUGGGGCCAAAGUUCGGCAGGAGGGCCACGUGGGUGGGGGCAUCAGGGGACCAGACCUUCAUCAAAAUUGACGAGUCACUCAUCAAUGCAAGAACACUAGCAGACGCCACACUGUUUGCAGACCAGAAGUGCAUAGGUGUGGUUGUAGAUCUGGAAGGUGAUGGCCCAGCUGUGCCAGGCCGAUCACUCUUCAUCAGUAAAACUGAUGGCACGUGCAAAAGAAGGACACCUGUUUUCUACAGCUUCUCAGGUGGCAACCAGGCAGACCUCACAGACAGCUGCUUGUGCCUUGAUCCCAUGCAUGGAGUUCUCUGGAGAUACCAGCCCAACACAUAUGCGGUGUCGUGCUACAAUGCCACGGCAGGAGAAGUGCGAGAUUUCCCCCCUCAGGAGUCGGACAGAACAGGAACCUGUAACCUCCUCAGUCCAGAGCUGGUCCUGCCCACAGUUCCAGUUGCCAUGACGACGAGGUCCCACAGUGCAUUACACCUGCUGGGUUGCCUGGAUACGCUGACCGUGUGCCAGGAUUUCGGCUUCGCGGUGACGGAACAGGCGCAGGACGUGCACAGCGUGGCCAGGAUAUUCUCCAAGGAGGAUUACAACGCCGUGAACAGAUUCGACAGCCAUGGCGGGGGCUGGGGUUACUCAGUUCACUCUGUAGAAGCCAUCAGGUUCACUGCUGAUGCAGACAUCAUCCUCGGGGGUUUUGGACUGUUUGGUGGCAGGGGAGAGUACACGGCGAAGAUCAAGCUGUUUGACCUUGGAACUGAAGGAGGAGAACAUGAAGGUGACGGUGACCUGCUGUGUGAAACUGACGACAUGACGUAUGAGUGUGGGUCCAGGGAAAAGUAUGCCAUCCUGUUUGAGGAGCCCAUCCUGCUGACUGCUAACAACUGGUACGUGGGCUGGGCCAGGGUCUCAGGACCCAGCAGUGACUGUGGAGCCAGUGGACAGACUAUGGUGACCACAGAUGACCAGGUGGUGUUCCAGUUCAAGAGUUCCAGAAAGUCCAAUAAUGGCACAGAUGUCAAUGCUGGCCAAAUUCCUCAACUGCUGUACAGACUUCCAACACUGGAUUCCAACUGCAGUAAUGGCGUGAAGUGCCAGAUGGAGCCAGUGCACAUCCUUUCCAGGGAUUUCUCUAGAUCUGUUUCUCCUAGCUGUUUUGAAUCACUACUUGACCUUCUGAGGUGGAGUUGGGCGACCUUCAAACUGGGUGUAGAGGAGCUGCAGGGGUUGAAGGGCGUCCACUUCACGGCAGCACUCCUGGACCUGGACAGACUGGUGUUUGUCAGUACAGCAUGCAUGAGGUUACUCAGGAGGUACAUCAGUGAGGUGUACCCCAAUGGAACUCUCAGCAAGAAGACCCCAGCUGAAUCUGCCAGGCUAUCAGAAUGUGUCGGAGAAACACGCGCAGUGCUCCGCAAAAUUCUCUGUGAAGAAAACAUGUUCCACCUUCCCCAGCCCUCCCCCUCCCACACCCCCAGUCGUCGCGAAUCCUCUCACGACUCGUGCAAACGCCUGGUAAACCGCGUGCUCGAGGAAUGCCACCAUACAUUCACGUGCUGCUUCCACGCGUUCUAUCCCACCUCGAGCCUAAAAUGGGUGUGUCUGUGCGACCUACUGGGACUGUUGGAAUCGGGUUCCGAGCAGAACGAGGGCAUUGGUCGGCUUCUGUCAGCCGUCAUGGCGGCACUGUGUCACCCAACGGUGAAGCUGACGUCCCUGCUGCCAAUCCUGAAGGAGAGCGAGUCUGACCCACAGCUCCCCUCCACUGCCAACAGUCCUGACGAGAACAACUCCAACAGUAGCCCCACCACGCCUGUAACCAGGGACAACGUCAGGUUCCCCAUCCUGGUGCAACACAUGGAACACAGGUCACAGUUGGAGGGUGCUGGAACAGGACACUGCACCUUUAAGGAGGUUCUGGACAAACUGUUGGCUAUCGUGGUUGUUCCAGUCAGGAUACAGCUCAGUGGGGAGGAAGUGAUCUACUCGGAUGCCCUGGUGUGUAACACAUGCGCCCUGCUGGCCGCUAUUGUGGGGGAACUGGCCACUGCUGCAACAGGCUCAGAGAAUGAAAUCCAAAGAUCGACCAUGCCCGUCUCGUGCACGCCAUCACGGUUUGCGCGAGUGAGCCAGGGGAAGAGCUGGAACACGGGCAACGGGUCACCCGAUGCCGUCUGCUUCAGCGUAGACAAGCCAGGGGUGGUCGUGGUUGGGGCCAUGCUGUAUGGGGGAGGGGGGCAACAUGACUACGAACUGGAGCUGCUAGAUUCUAGUGAGAGUGACAUUGGGGAUGGUUCCCACACCCAGAGAUGGACGACCUUGGAACUUGUGAAGGGCACGUACUACCCAGAGGACUGUGUGAAUGAUGCAGCUGAGGUCAAAUUUGAACGACCAGUCCCAAUUAAGGAGGGUGUGAAAUACGCGGUGAGGGUGAGAAAUCACGGCGGCAGGACGGCCAAUGGGGAUGGAGGCUUGCCAACGGUGAAGAGUGCGGACGGCGUGACCUUCACCUUUAGUUCCUGCUCUCUCAGCAGUAAUGGCACCAACCAGACCAGGGGACAGAUCCCCAACAUUCUCUACUACAGAACUCCUCAGGAGGGUGAGGCCCAUGCAGCCCAGAGUAGCCGACUGAUGGCAGAGUCCCACUCCAGGAGAACGGUGCUGUCUGUGGCCACAGCAGUGCUCAAGUCUGCCACGGACAUCCUCAGGAGAGCUCUGGUCACGCCUGAGAUGGAAGUGAUGGAGAUACUUGGCUCCGCCCACAUACUGUCAUCCCUGCUGCCUCUUCUACUGGCAAACCUGGGCCCUGUGGCAUCAUCUGACCCCAGGACCUCAGUCCAGGUGCUAUCCCUGGUCCAGGACGUCCUGCCUGCAGUGGCCUCCCUCAACCAGAGAUAUGCCCCGCCCCCUCCCAUCCUCAACCAAUCAGCACAGUCCAUCGAGGCAACCCUGUUGGAGGGGAACACCAACACCACCUCUGCACACUAUGCCAUGGUGGAGAGUGAACACCCGUACAAGCCUGCCACUGUGGCACACUACAAGAUCUCCUUCCCCAACAGUGUCAAAUGGAUGGCUGUAGAGUUUGACCCCCAGUGUGGUACAGCACAGCCCGAAGACAGCCUGCAGCUGUACAUCCCUGGGCGACACUUCAGGAAAGGUGCUGUCUGGGAGGACAGCCCGCAGGCCAGCGGCUGGUGGUCGGUGCUGAAGAAAUUCCACGGGAUCGACGCCUGGCCAAAUGGAGCAGUGGUGCUUCCCGGAAAUGAAAUAGCCUUCUCUCUGGAGACUGCCUCAGACUACAUGAAGGAUGAGAAGCUGUGUUUCUACGGCUUCAAGUGUUCUGUAGUGGGGUACGAGUGGUGCUCAACAACAGAAGAGGUCCUGGUACAGUUGGAGAAAGAGCUGUCAUACCUGGGUGCCAUGUGCGCCACCAUGCUGAUGAGGAAGGAUCUGCAGCUGCCUGCUGUGUCCAGUACUGAGGCUGAGGAGGACAUGGACUCACUGGAGGAAGGGGCACAGCUGGUGUUUGAUGCCCACUCCACCCUGUUGGGGAAGGGUUUUGCGCUGGUGUGCCCUCCCACAGUGCACCAGGCACUGGAGGGUACCCUGCUCCUCAGCACACAGUCUAACGAACGGGCCUUCCUCAAGGACUUCAUUGUCUGUACCCCUGGCACCAGUGGGGGGAGGUUCGCAAGAUGGCUGCAGCCUGACUCCUAUGUGGAUGCUAAGCUGACAGAGGUUGUCUUCAGUAAGGAUGAGCUGAAGUGCAACUGGCCCACCAUGAUCGUUAUCCGCACCUUGGACCAGUAUGGGGACCCUGUCAAUGUGCCUAGCCUAAAGGUCGAGGCACGUGCGGCACCGCUGGGCAGAAAUGGCGUGGACAGGAAGGUCCGUAGAACCGUGGUGGCAGAAGGGAAGUGGUUUGGUGGGGUGGACGCUCCCAAACUGGAUGUAACUUACGAGGCAACUGUACUGAAGGACAACAUGUCGUAUGUGGCUAUCACCAUGAUGAAGGCAUAUGAAGAUUACUCCUUUGAAGAGUUGAGGUUUGCCUCCCCUCCUGUAAGAAGACCGAGUGAGAACAUGUUGGUACGUGCCAACAAUGAUGGCACAUACAGUGCCAACUGGACCCCCACCAUGAGUGGAUGGUACACCCUGCACAUCACUGUGGAUGGCCAAGAGAUAGGAGAGGUGCAUGAGCUAGAAGUGGGAGAACCACCACAGGGAGUCACACCUCCAUCUUUGGCAAACCAGGCAAGGCCUCACCAACCAAGCAAGGUGCGAAAGUUUGUAACCCAACAGAGUAAAGGUCUGCGGGUUAGGAGCACGCCAUCGCUACAGAGUGAACAGAUAGGAGCCGUGGCUCCAAACGGCACCAUCACCUUUAUAGACGAGGUCCACAAUACUGAUGGAGUUUGGCUGAGGUUGGACUAUACCUCCCUCAAGCAGUGGUGCCCCACUAAUGGCAACAGUGAAGCCUGGUGCCUGGCUUUCAACCAGCAUCUGGGCAAGAACUUGCUUGUGCCUGUUGAGGAGCCCAAGUCUAUCAUUGAUGAGAUCAUCAAGGAGCGGAUCGCCCGGAAGCUGCCCGAGCUGAUGGAGAAGGUGCGGGGCCGGAAGGGUGGGCCAGGGAUGUACCAAGUGGUGAAGUGUGGGGCCUCAGGCCACAAUGUCAGGUGUCGGCCCAGUCUGAGGGCCACGCCUGUCGGCAUGCUGGUGCUCGGUAACCAGUUGACGGCUACAGAAGAGACAAGUAACUCUGACGGUACUUGGGUGCGGUUGUCCAAGCACAGCACGCAGCAGUACUGCGAGAGUGACGAGGGAGAGGCGUGGUCGCUGGCACAUGGGAAGAACGACAUCACCUACCUCAAGCACGAGUCCGAGCUCAGUAGCGAGAGGGAGGACAGCUUGGCGCUGUUCUCGCCCUCUCCUUUCUCCUCACCUUUUGGUUCUGGUCCAACGACUCCGUCAGCAAAGGGGUUCGACUUCAGAGGGGCUGAAGUCACUCCACCCAACUUCUGGUUCAGCCAACCCACUGAUAAUGCUGCAGCAGCUGCAUCCUCCCCAUCAGUGUUUGGACCCGACCCUAAGCUGGAGGUGUUGGACAUGUAUGGUAACACUGCAGGAGCUGGGAUCCCCCUGGCUCAGGCUGACAACCUACCUGCCUUCCCUCCAGACCCAUUCGUAUUCGGGGCAGCUGUGGAUUUAACAGGUACCCCAAACUUCUACUUUUCAUCAGUUCCCCCCACCAAGGAGAGGAAACCCACCCCCUCCCCCACCCGAGACGGACUGCCAUUGAAAAACAAACAAGGGGACAACGUUGAAGAGAGGAGACCCAACCAAGGCAUGAAAAGGGAGGGCGGCUCUUCUGAUUCAGAGAAGGAGAACACUGUACCAUCCUGUAGCAAAGAGAAGGGAGAUGUCAUUGUGGAAUUGAAGGAAACUGCACCAGAAGUGAUCAAAGCAGAGCCAGAGAAAAAACCUAGUAGGACUAGAAACUCUGGGAUACCCAUCCCAAGGAAGGGGGCAUCCCCUCCCAGGUCAAAAUCUGGCUCGCCAUCUGAAUCCCCUAAAAGUAGACCCAGUUCUCCGUUAGUAAAGUCUGAAUCCUCAUCACCGAGACUACAGAGAAAGGACAGGCAUAGAGCAGACUCUGAUUCCUCCAAGUCACACGGUGACUCAGAAAAGCAUGGCACGAGGGCUGAUUCUCCAAAGUCCCGGCCAGAGCUACCUCCUAAACCAGACCUCAGGAAGACCAGGGCGGAGGGGCCCAAACAUGGGAUUAUCAGCUCUCUCAAGUCGGACGCCACGGCCAGGAGUCGCUCCGAGUCACCUGUUGGGAAGAUCCACAGGGAGGUGACUGUGGAUUUGAGGAGUCGCUCCAAGUCUCCCCGGGGACGAGCCGGAUCAGAUCACCAGAAAUCCCACACAGACUGCUCUUCCCCUGGCAGGACUGGUUCCAUAAAAGGGAAAACAGAUGUACCUAGAAGUAGGAUAGAAGCUGUCAAGGCAAAAGCUGAAGCUCCCAUCAUUAGUACAGGUCCUCUUAGGAAGACAGAAGGUUCAUCAGCAGUGAUAGAUGGAAGGCAUGACGAGGUUCAUGCCGUGAAACAAGAAACAAAACUGUCCAGGAGAGCCCACUGCACUGUGCAUGAGGUUGGAAAGGGAACGGAAUGUACAGUCCAUGUGUCCAGAAUUCCAUCUCCGAGAUCCAGCCUUAUCAUUCCCAACAAGGAAAGAGUUCUUUCUCUGGAGGACUCCACAAGGCAGUCCAACGGAGAAUCGCUCACCACUACCACAGUCAACACGUGCACCCCUGACACCCAUGCUACCAAGACUGUUGAGACAGCUGAGCAUAACGCAAAGCCUGCAAAUGAUGUCAUUGUUCUUACAAAGGAGAGCAAUGCUGUUGUUGAGAAUGGACAUCCUCCCAGUGGAGCCGAUGGAACAGAUGAGGCUGUUCGACCUUCCAGCGUAACCCCUCCCCCACCCGUGAGCUCUUCUCCCCCUACAACUAGGAAAGCAACUCCCCCUCCAAAUGAUUCUGUCAAAGAACAUGUCAAGGGACAAUUCACCAUAGGUUUGGGGGGACCGAGAGAGGAGGCUGAACGGGUCUCCCCAAAACUGGGAAGGAAGGAAAGGACAGUACGACACCUUCGGAAUAAACGAGACCGUGCCAUGUCCCCCGUUCCAAAGGAAAAGCCGUCUGUGGAAAUACCCAGUGCUAAACCCAAGCUGUCCCUUUCUCGCAAGCCUGUGAAAGAUGCGAUCUCUCCCUCUGUGGCAGAGUGCAUGAGAGCGGUGUUUGCUGCUUUCCUAUGGCACGAGGGGAUUGUGCAUGAUGCGAUGGCAUGUGCCUCCUUCCUCAAGUUUCACCCCAACCUCACAAAAGAAGCAAGCUCAGGUCAGACCAAGGAGCAAGUGUCGUCAGAGAUGGAAGACUUCAGGGACCCUAGACUGAAAAAUAGGCAUUCCAUGGAGCUGACUUCAGCUUUGAAAAAGCUGGCUGAAAGAGAAGCUCCCUCUAACAUCAAUGCAUUAGUCAAUCCUGAGCCAUCCCCUAAGAGAGUAGCUGGCAAGGUAAACGACUCAAGGGGAGUGUCACCGAGUAAGGUGGCCAAGAGUUCAGAAACAAAGAAGGAGCCUCAGCUUCCUCUAACUCUGCAGCACUUGGUUUCAUUUUGGGAAGAAGUGUCGGCGUUUGUUCUCAACAUGGCAACACAGCAGGUGAUCCUACCCUCUCCUGCUGAGUUGGUGAAGAACAAGAAGGAACGGAAGGAACGUGAAAAGAAGAAGAAGAAAGAGAAGUGGCCCCAGCAGCAGGGUAAACAACAACAACAACAGCAGCAGCAACAACAACAGGGUAGAGGUAACCUGUUUGGCGAGGCUGCAGGAGCACCGUUUGUGGCAGGAGGGGAGAAGGAUGCAGCAUGUGAGCUGUGUGGAGGGACGUUCCCCCACCCAGUCACAUACCACAUGAAGCAGGCUCACCCUGGCUGUGGCAAACAUGCAGCAGGCAUGGGGUAUAACAGCGGGGGGAACUACUGUGGGGGGUGGGCAGGGAACUGUGGGGACGGAGGCGUAGGAGGGAGCAGCUGGUACCUGAUGUGUGAGAAAUGUAGGGACAAAUAUCUCAAGGAGAAGAAGGCGGCACAGAAAGAGAAAGUGAAGAAGGCUAAGAAGAGAGUCAUUCCGCUGAAGCCACCAAGAACAAUGACACCAAUGGAGGCCCAUAACAUCAUGAAAAACAAUGCCCUCUUUCUGUUGAACUUUGGCAGUGCGAUGGGACCGCACAUCCCGGCUCAGAGCCCAGUGUCCAGGAGACAGCUCCUGAGGCACGAACUCCCGGUGGUAUCUGAAGGUGACCUUGACCACGCCCACUUCCCCUCCGUUCCCUUCCUGUACCUACAGCAAAUUGCCGCUCAACAGGGUCACAACCUCUGUCCCAUGUCUUUCAACGACAACCUCUUCCGUGAGGAGAACCGGUUCCGAUCGGACUCGUUUGGCACCCCUCAGCGGACGAUAUCGAUCACCCCAGAUACCAGUCCUCACAAGGAGGAGGACCUGGUGUUCGCCGGGCCCAUGAGUGUAGAUUCCAGCCCCGUUGGGGAGGGGCUGAGUCCUAGGGUGCCAUUCCAGCGGUCUAUAUCUAUGCAAGGAACUAUACCUUCCUCUGAGGUGGAGAUUUUGGACAACAGUGGUAUGGGAAGCCUGAAACUACGGUCGUCCCGCAGGAGAACUGUCAGUGGAAACUCGGAGAGUGGGUCGUCCCUCCUACGCCACCCAUCGUCCCAGCUGGCCAGACUGGUAGAGAGUAGGGCCAAACAGCGGGACCUGCGAGACAAGGCACGCCAGUGGCCCGUCAUCGCGUUCAUCAUCCAGCGUCAUGACCUGGAGGGGUUAGAGGUCGCCAUGAGACAGUCUCUACGCAAGGCUGCAUGUAGGGUUCAUGCCAUGGAGGCCCUGAACUGGUUACUGCGGAGUGUGACCCAGCCCACCUGCCUACACGACCUGCUGUGGUUCUUCGUGGCGUCGCUCACUCCACCUGUCAUCGAGUUAGAGAUGGAAGAGGAGCCAGAGGAGAAGAAGAGAAAGAAGGAAGCAGACGUGCCUGCAGACCAGAAGCCUAUUCCUGAGGACGUUGUGCCCAGGAGGGCUCUGGAGAAUAGGCGUCUGCUGAAGAUUGAGGACCGUGAGACGACGGUGAGUGACCACCCCCUGUCAGACAUCACCGUGGCAGGGGAAGCCGUGUACCCCCUCCCCCAGGCCUUCCACCACCUCCUGCAGACCAUCUCGGACAUCAUGAUGGUCCUGCCCAACGGCUCGGCCCUGCAGCAGAUCGCCAUGCGCUGCUACUGCCUGCGCUUCAGACCCGCGGACCACAUGUUCCUGCACCGCAGCCACGUCUUCAACAACAUCAGCCAGAUUCUGUCCAAGUCAGACGAGGGGGACGGAGAUGAGACCAUCAGCACCAGCUCUGCCUCCAUGGGAGACGGGUCGUCUACAGCUGUCACUCAGGUAAACUACACAGUAGAGUGCCUGCGUGACAUCACCGCUCAGAUAGAACUGAAGGCCUCCAGUCGAACAGCCAUGAUUGCCAGUCUAACAGACGGGUCCACAGAAACGUUCUGGGAGUCUGGUGACGAGGACAGGAACAAGACCAAGUCCCUGACCCUCACGUGCUGCCGGGGGAGCGUCCCGCGUAUGGUGUACAUCCACAUCGACAAUACCAGAGAUCUAGCCAACAAGGUUACAAGUGUGAUCUUUAGUGCAGGAGCAGCCACCGAAGACCUCAGCAAGAUUAGGGUGGUGGAGCUAGAGCCUCGCCACGUCGGUUGGGUCCACUGUCACCUACCAGGCCCUUACUGUCGAGUGAUCAAGGUAGAACUGAAGGGGCCUGACAACAGUCUCCGAGUCAGGCAGAUCAAGGUGCUAGGUGAGGACGUGGGGAAGGCUAUAGUUGAAGCGAACCAGCUGGCCCCUGUGGUGAUCCAACAGAAGAACUGUGAGGCAGAGACUCUGAGAGUCUUCCGCCUCCUGACGAAGCAGGUGUUCGGGAAACUGAUCUCCAGCGAGGACAGACUGGUAGAACCGGACAGUAAGGAGGCUUCCGAGGCAGAGGAGAAGGGAGAGUCUGAUCUGAGAGAACACAUGGUCGGGAUUCUGUUCAGCAGGAGCAAGCUCACCAACCUACAGAAGCAGGUGUGUGCACACAUUGUCCAGGCCAUCUCCAUGGAGACGGCAAGGGUCCGAGACGAGUGGGAGGCGAACUUGUCGUCGCAGACGGAAGCAGGCACGCCGACGCAGGAGCCCAAGCCUGCCGAGCCGCUGAUACUGGCAGACACGUACUGCUUUGAGCUGCUGUCCAUGGUGCUGGCCCUGAGUGGGUCUACAGUGGGGAGGGCAUACCUGGCACAACAACUAGGACUGAUGAAGGAUCUUCUGUCACUGCUACACACUGGUACACCUAGGGUGCAGAGACAGGUUGCCUCUCUACUGAGAAGAGUUUUGCCUGAAGCUCCCCCACAACAGCUAGCCAACAUCCUGGGCAUCACAUCCCUCCCCCCCACAGACAUCAGCAUCCUCACUCAGGCCAGCUACAAGCCUGAGAACGUGCAGAAGGACACCCAGGGCAUCCUGGACGUGUUCCUGGGCUGCAUCACCAAGGCUCUGUCCGUACAGGUCAAGGUCAAAGGGGGAGGGGGGCUGGUGGAGAAGGCAGCCAGCAAGGGAGUCAACUCCAUAUCACUAGCCACAGCUCUGAACUCACGAGUGAAGAACAGCAGCAGCAGGUGGUGGUUGAGAGGUUCUGUCCCCAGUGACAUCGCCCAGCUCAUCAUCAGACUGGUCAAGGACAUGUCAAUGGGUAAACUGUCAGAAGAGUGGGCCAGGGUGACUAAGAGUGCUGUAGCAGAGAGCAUCAUGACACUGACCAAGAUGGAGGAAGAACAGAGACAGCCUCAGGAGUGUCUCUACACAGCAACUCUAUGGCUGGCUCUCGCCUCCCUGUGUGUGUUAGACCAGGACCAUGUGGAGAGGCUGUCAUCAGGACAGUGGGUGGGGAAAGAUGGGCAGCCCAAACAGAAGCCCACCUGUGAUAACCAUGAUGAUGGGGAGACCCUGGCCAUCAUCCUGUGCAGUGACUGUGGGAACCUGUGUGCAGAGUGUGACAGGUACCUCCAUCUCCACAGGAAAACAAGGCAGCACCAGAGACAGGUGUUUAAGGAGGAGGAGGAGUCCAUCAAGGUGGACCUCCAUGAGGGGUGUGGUCGCACCAAGCUGUUCUGGGUCAUGGCUCUGGCCGACAGCAAGACUCUCAAGGCCAUGGUCGAGUUCAGGGAGAGGAACGGGGGUAAGAUGACAUCGAGUGCCUCAGCAGGAACCUGUAGAUUCUGUGGUGCGAGUAGCAACACCGGUCUACUGGCUAUAGGGAACGUGUGUGCAGACCCAGAGUGUCAGGAACAUGCCAGAAAUGCCUGCACCAGGACCCUACCAUGUGGGCACCCUUGCGGGGGUGUGAAGGAUGAGGACACGUGUCUGCCGUGCCUCCAUGGCUGUAAGGGUGCAGAUGGGAUGACCCUGAAGCAGGACGCUGAUGACAUGUGUAUGGUGUGUUUUACCGAGGCCCUGUCUGCUGCUCCUGCCAUACAGUUGAUCUGUGGCCACGUGUUCCACCAGCACUGCUGUAGGAAUGUCCUGGAGAGGAAGUGGGUGGGGCCACGUAUCUCAUUCGGAUUCUCUCUCUGUCCCAUCUGUAAGUGUGAGAUUGACCACCCGACCCUGAAGGACCUCCUGGCACCUAUCCGGGCCCUGUAUGACGAUGUGAAGAGGAAAGCCCUGAUGAGACUGGAGUACGAAGGGCUGAGUCAGUGUGAGGCCAUCACCACACCUGGGGCCAGGUUCUACAACGAUACCGCAGGCUACGCCAUGAACAGAUAUGCCUACUACGUCUGCUACAAGUGCAACAAGGCAUACUAUGGAGGUGAGGCGCGGUGUGACCAGGAGGCUGGUGUGGGGGAGGACUACGACCCUGCAGAGCUGGUGUGUGGAGCAUGCUCAGAUGUCUCCAGGGCACAGAUGUGUCCCAAGCACGGCACAGACUUCCUGGAGUACAAGUGUCGGUACUGCUGCUCCGUCGCUGUCUUCUUCUGCUUCGGCACCACCCACUUCUGUAACCCCUGCCACGAUGACUUCCAACGGGUCACCAACAUCCCCAAACAAGAACUACCUCACUGUCCAGCAGGUAAGGAUGGCAGUAAUCUUUAUUUUCACUUCUGUAACCCCUGCCACGACGACUUCCAACGGGUCACCAACAUCCCCAAACAAGAACUACCUCACUGUCCAGCAGGUAAGGAUGGCAGUAAUCUUUAUUUUCACUUCUGUAACCCCUGCCACGACGACUUCCAACGGGUCACCAACAUCCCCAAACAAGAACUACCUCACUGUCCAGCAGGUCCCCGAGGGAAACAGCUGGAAGGGGAUGAGUGUCCUCUCCACGUCACCCACCCCCCCACAGGGGAAGAGUUCGCUCUCGGCUGUGGUGUGUGCAGAAAUGCCCACACUUUCUGAAGAGCCCACAACUAUACCCCAGCUACCUUCUGAACAAAUCAGGCAGACAUAUUCACUCCUUCAAUGGUCACAAGAGUCUUUAUAGAGACCUGAUCAGAGCUCUGGAGAAAAGAAAAGAUACUACUAACAGAGUUGUGAGAAGUGCAUGAUUGUAAAGUCGAAUGUACAGCUGCAGUCAAGAACUCUGACUCCAACAACGAUGGCUGGAAGUUUUUAUACAAAAAUCUAUAUGAGUAGAUAAAGAUUGUCACUGAUAUGCCAAGUGUUCAAGAAUCCAUGGAUAUAUGUGGAACUUCUUGAACCGAGGCAAGAUUGUAACUUCUCAAAGUACUUAAAGCCAAGGGAAAAGAGUCAAGAGUGUAAACUACUAAGAGGCUCCUCUUUCUCUUUGUAUCAAGGUGACUAUACCUUUACUGUAGAAAGUAAAAAGAAAAACACCUCUAAACUUGUAUAAAUCACGAAAAGAACACAAAUAGAAGAUCUAUUUUAGUAGACAUAUCUCGAUUUCUAUCUCCACUUACCUCCGCUGUGUAGACUCGAUAGAUCAGACCUUUAAGAUUUCUACAUGUCAGUUUGUGAGCAGACUUUGUACACAACUGUAUAGUGACCACACCCUGUGUAGACGGUAUGACCUAUGACCCUGCUGCUUGUCAGCUGAAAUACAGCCUGUGCAAUGGAGAAUUGCUGGCAUCCAUGCUCAUACUCAUAAUGUACAUACCAUGACAACCUACUUCAUCUGCAAAACUCAACAGUGCCACAGAUUUAUCAGGUGUAACGUGGCAACAGAUGUGUCAAUCACCCUGUUUCCAUGGUUACAGCUGACCUGAGUUGACCUAAGCUCCCAGGUUCCAUACAUCUACAAACAGUGUUACUUCCUCCAACACUACAUCGCAGGACUUCCAGAGAAGCUCAAUUCUGUAAUGGUUUGUGUUGAGCAGGAAAUGUUUACAUGUAGUCAUAGAAAGCCAGCAAUAUGUUACAGUUAUUUGUUGCUUUUUCAGCCAUUAGCUUGCAAUUUGGUUUACAGAAUCUGAUCUUUUCUUUUCUAUUAGUUUACGCCUAGAUGUCACAGAGCCAUGUAAUACUAGACAAAAGACUGUGCACAGAGUUUAAUAAUCAAUGUGUAAUCAGGAGUUAGUGCUUCUCUUUGCAGAGCUAUCAGGUAUAUUGUAAGGAUAUAGACACCUUAUACAUGUACUACAGUUUCUACAUCAAGUUGAUGUGCAUAUGUAAGAUAGCUCCUCUUUCUGAAGCCGACAAGGUUAUGAUAGCAACGGUUAUCUUGAAGAUUUCAGAAUAUUUUUUGAUUUGAGUAAGAAUAAAGUUGGAGAUCUUACACUA